AUGACGCUGAAGCGCAAGGCCUCCUUCUCGACCAUCCUCUCCCCUCGCUCCUCGACAUCCUUCUACGACCACAAUGUCUCUCCCAUCCCUUGCUCGCUCGACGACGCCAUGGUCAUAGACGAGACACCCCAGCAUCUCCACAGUCGGACCAGGAAGCGGUUCAGGAACGACCGUCCGGACGAGCAGGCUGUCUAUGAUAACACCCUCCGCUGGCUCUUCUCUGCACAAAAGCACAUUGAUAACACUGAAGUUCACCCGAUGGCGUCUACAAGCAACGAUGAUGGACCUGACGAGGCUGAACCAAGCACACCCUCACUGGCCGACUCGGUCGCUUCUUCGAUGAAACCUGACCCGUCGCAGAGGACGCUACACCAUUUCUUCCGGCCUGCUUCUGCGCCUGCCCGCGUGUCCUCGUCGGAUGGCCAUACUGGGUCAAACACGAACACGACACUGUCGACGCCGACCAACGCAGCGUCCCAGGCGUCGUCUUCUCGCACCUCUUCAUCUAUAUGGUCCGCUGAUGCAUCCGCAUCUCUCUCGCCUAACCCCAGUGCUGGCGCUGGUCCUGGCGUUAAUGCCGGUGAAAGCGAUGAUGUCGAUAUGGAUAUGGGCGUUGAGACGUUUACCGCCAGCGCCACAGCAUUGACUCCCGCUUACCAGCAAAGGGCCUGGAUGGAUGGGAAAGACAUGACUCCGCCUGUUAGAUGUUAUUAUCUACUCAGCUAG